AAUUCUUAUCAACUCUUACAACCAAACAUAACAAACCUCAAAAUGUUCAGCAAAAUCAUUGCUUUCGGUGCAUUCCUAGCCGCCGCUAAGGCCGGUCUCCAUGGACACGCCGUGUCAUCUCAAAGCAUCGUGCAUCACGGUGCGGGACAUUACGCCCCUCUCGCUGCGGCCCCAUUAGCUUACGGACAUUACGCCGCCCCUUCCCACCAAUAUGAAGGACAUGACAUCUACGCGCACCCGAAAUACGACUUCGCGUACUCGGUGGCGGACCCGCACACGGGCGACCACAAGUCACAGCACGAGAGCCGCGACGGCGACGCGGUGCACGGCUCCUACUCCCUGGUGCAGCCCGACGGCUCCGUCCGCAACGUGCACUACACCGCUGACGACCAUCACGGUUUCAACGCCGUAGUGCAUAACUCCGCGCCUUCCGUGCACCCGCACGCCGCGUACCCUCAUCACUACUGAAUUAAUGAUUACUAAAAAUGUCCAAAGCUGCUAGUUGCAAAACGUUUAUUUAUUAAAUAAUAAAUUAUAUUUGAAAUUAUAA